AUGACAGCAAUUGCACCGCAAGCAUCGUACACAGGCCAUUUCCUGUGCGACAACCAGAUUAGCCCCCCUGGCUCCCCUCCAGACUCCCCCCCCUUCUACUUCUCCUCCUCCUCUGCCUCUGCCGUCGACGAUUCAACAGAAAUCCACUCGGAUGACUUGCCCCCGGCUUUCAGCUCCGUGGGCACCACCCCCGCCCCCUCAGACGACCACUCAGACAUGGUCUCACACCACUCGGAAAUCGUUGUCGUCGACGAAGAGUCCUUCCAUAACAUCCGCCAUCACCCUUCAUCCACUACACCCACAAGAGCAUCCUCGCCUGCUCCUCCAAGGACAACUGCGACCACCUUGUCGGUCGUUCACAGGACUUCGCCCCUCUCGAACUCGUUUACGCCUGCAGAGACUGAGGUCAUGCUCUCUUCACCCGUAGGGGAAUCGUCUUCUUCACGCGAUACCCGGUCCCUUGCGGCAGCCAAUUCGGCAGUGACCAGUUUCUUUUCAUCACCUCCACCAGCUGUGCAUCAUAACCGUCACGACCACCAUACCAUACCCUCGCCCUUUUCGUUCUUUGCACAUACCCCUCACUCUCACGGCGAUCACCCUGUUCCUCAGCAUAUCAAGACCCUCAGGAUCGAAGUGGCAAACAAGGACAUUGUUCUCACGACAGGAAAGACUACUCUUCUGGAGGGCACUCUCUACCUCACUCUGCAAAAGACUACCAAGAUCAAGACCUUGAACCUCGAGUUUUCUGGUCACUCCUCCUUCACUUGGGUCGAUGAUAAUGCAUACUCGCCGGCUACACGAUUUAUGAGCGCACCGCACAUCGAACAUACAUGGCCAUUGAUCGCACACCAACACAAGCAGCCCUCAACAGUCCUGCAGACCGGUCAACACGCCUUCCCCUUCUCUCUGGAACUACCCGACAACCUCCCCGAGACCAUGACGACUACCCACGGAAAGGUCGUCUACCGCCUCACCGCCAACCUCACCAAACCAGGAAUCUCUUUCAGCACCACCACUGCUACUACAUCGGUCUGCAUCUUGCGGCGCUAUGUUGCGGAGGGACCUCUGUCGCGGGCGUACCAGCGCGGAGGGCGGUUGGUGAAUGAUAUUGAUGACAAAGUCAAAUACAGGAUUGCGCUCCCUCAGAUCCGGUUCCCACAUUCCAUGAGGGUUCCUCUCCAAGUCGCUAUCACAUCCCCCAACAACGAGAUUGCAGUCGAGGUGCUCCAGGUCGGCCUCUGGGAACGAGUCGUCUACCGUGCAGAUGAGCAGAAAAAACGAAUCGACAUGCGGUUAGUCAAGAUCCAAAAGUCUGGCGGCUGGCCACACGUUAACGCCGAGGGGCUCCCCACAACAGAACCCGUCACCUGGAGCAAGGUCCUGCUCUUCGAAAUGCCGGAAUUGGGACCCGAGAGAUCCAGCCAAUGUAAUCCCUCGUGCGACAAUGGACUCAUGAAAGUCACCCAUCAUUUGCGGUUCACAAUUCUCGGAUUCGAUGGCGUUAAGCGAUUCCGGUUGGAGAAUGAGUUGGAAGUCAAGGUUUUGGCGUUCGAGGACGAGUCGCCUGCAUUCUCAGAUGGGUUGGAGAUGCAGGCGUUUGGCGAGAAUGGGGAGCCCUUGAGUGAGCUGCCUUCUUAUUUGACGUCGUUUUCGACCCCACGGGUGUCGUUCAAUGCGGAGCGGGAUGCUGUGCCGACGGAGGAGGAUGAUGAUGUCCUGAGGGCGCUUGUGGCUCGGAUCCAUUUACCGACGUAUGCAGAGUCGGAAGAAGAUACCCAUAGCAGGGAUAAUAGCCGGAAUGGUAGUCGUACCGCUAGCCCUGAACGCUCUCCGUCGACAACAACGACUAGUUCACAUAUCAGGAUGCAGAGUGACGGCAGCAGCAGUAGCAGCAGCAGCCAAUAA